AUGACUCCACCUGUUACAACGGUUUCCUCACCUACAUCAUCAAUUGAGGCUGAAGAUACAAUUUUGCUACCUUCAUCUGCUAUGAAUUCUUCAUCACCUGUCAGGAAAACUUUUAAUUUUGAUAGUAAUCAAAUACAAAAUAAUAAUCAGCAGGAUAUAAAUCAUUAUAAUAAUAAUAUGAACCAUAAUAUCGACAAUAAUACUCAAUUUGAAUCAAAUGAAUUAAAUCGUCCUUCAGUAUUAGAUCAAUUAUUACAAUUUGAUAGCUUAAAUCUACCUUGUCCUCCACCAAUUAAUACAUCACCAAGCAUUCGACUUCAUAGUAGAUCUGAAAAUCAAAAUCUUCAUAAUAUAAAUACAAACUAUCAGUUCAAUCAGUCAUCAUCACAAGAUCAAUCUAUUAUCCAAACUGAUGAUGAUCAUGAUUCACCACAUACUUAUCAUUCACAACAACCUCAUCAUUCAUCAAUGCAUCAAAAUUCGGUUUAUUCUAACCCCGAAGCAUCAACUUCAGUCACUUCAGUCAACAACAUAGAUCAAAAAUUGAACAAAUUUUAUCAAGUAGUUGGUUAUAGCAGUAGACCUUCAAUUUCACAACAACAAACGUCAAGUAAAUACUUAUAUUCAGCAGAAAAUCAAUCAAAUGAUAUAUUUGAAGUUGAUAAUGAUUUUUCACAUAUCAAUGCCAGAGAAUUUGAUAUUGCAAAUGCUUCAUUAGAUUCAAUACCUCAAUUCAAUCACGCUGGUGUUAAUCAAAAUUUAUCAAAUUAUCAAUAUCAUGAUUCAAUACCUACUCAAUUGCAACAUACUCAACAAGAGCAACAAAACAUAUCUGUUCAACAAACUCCUUUACAACAAACAUUUUUACAACCACCACCAAUUCAUUAUCAAAAUGAAUUUCUGCCACCUCAAAUUAAUCAACAUCAAUAUCAACCACCAAAUUCUCAAAAUAGGGUCCAAAAUUAUAUGCAGAACCAGAAUAAUUACAAUUCAAGUUCUUCAAGUAGAGAUUAUACAAACACCCCAAUAUUUUCAGAUAUUUCAAGUUAUACAUCAAAUUCAUCAUUUCAACAACUUUAUCAUCAACAAAAACAUCAACAACAAAAUUUCAAUCAAGAAUUGUCAAAUCUUCAACCUCAUUUUAAUAUCUCAGAUGAUGUAUUACCAAAAAAUUUUAAGUUAAUAAAAAGUCCAAUUUUACCAUCUUCAUCAUCAACAAAUUCAACUCCUAAUUCAACUCAUCAACAUAAAAUUAUUAAAAAAUCUUCAUUAUCAAGAAUAAACACAAGUUCACGAAAAAAUUUGAAUUCUGCAUUAACUUCAUCGUUGACUACUAUGAGUAACAAUAUUAGUAAUUCCAGCACUCCAACUGAUGGUGAAAGAACAACUCCUAAAGUAAAUAGAACACAAUCAGAAUUAGUUACUUCUACAUUUAGGAAUUCCAAUACCUCACACAUCCAAAAUCAACAUUAUCAUAAUUUUUAUUCUCAAAAUAUGAAUUUGUUAAAUCAACAACAGCAACAACAACAACAACAACAACAACAACAACAACAACAACAAAGAUCAUAUUCUCAACCACAGAACGUUGCAUCUACACCACCACCUCACAACUUUACUUCAAAUGUUGCAGGUACACCAAUUCGUCAAAAUUCAGAACCUUCAAUAGCACUAUUAUCAUCAGUAAAUUCAACACCAGUCAGUACAAUUCGUAAUAAUAAAGAGUAUACGAUUCCUCAUAUGCAAGUUCAAAAACUGUUUCUACAUGAAUCUUCAAAAUCAAGUAACACAACAUCAACAAGUACAACACCACUUUCUGCUUCAUCUAUCAAAAAGUCCUUGAAACCAAAACAAUCUAAAAAGUCACUAAAACCAAGGGCUAAGAAAGAGACUAAGAAACUUUCAACGAAAACCAGUCCAGUUAAUGAUAUUGAAAUGGAACAUUUAGAACAACCACAACGUUUAUCAUCUUCCUCAAACAUUAAUGCAGAAUCCACAUUAAACGAUCAACCAGAGUCACCAGCAACACCAACAUUACCUUCAUCAGAAGAACAACCAAAGAAAAAAUAUACAAGAAGAAGAUUAUUACCAAGAUCAAAAAAGGGGUGUUGGAUAUGUAGAAUUAAACAUUUGAAAUGUGAUGAAAAUCAACCUACUUGUGGAGCAUGUUCUAAAUAUGGUUUAUCGUGUGAUUAUAAUCUUAUAAAACCCGAGUAUGUGUAUGAUAAAGAUAAGAGGAAGGAAAAAUUAAAUGAAAUUAGUAUACUGAGAAAAAUUCAUCAAAGUAAAAUGAAAAAUUUUUCACAAGCUAGUGGUAAUGGUAGUAGUAGUGAUGAUAUUGGUGUUGGUGAUAAUAAGGAGGAUGAAGGUAAUUGA